AUGGGCCACAGUGCUGGUGUUCAGGGCAAUCCCGCUGCCCCUGGCACUGAGCGCCCACCUGGCCAGGGCACUUCCGAACUGCUGCGUGGGGAGAGGACCCCUCAGGCGCCCUUCCGCUUCCCUGUGCACCCAGUGUGCUUCCCGCGGAACCACGAAUUCUUUGAGGAUGGGGAUGAGCUGUGUGACCUCUAGCUGUGUGACCUCACACAGGUGGCAGCGCUGCCAGAGAAGUCCAGGGCGCCUGAGUUCACCAGUCAAGUGGAGGGCUGCUACCAGGUAUUUGCAGCCCUCUAGGACUACCAGUAUCAUUACCACAUGCUGCACAGAAAUGUCUGCUCCCUCUGAAACCGGGCCUUCCCUUCCAGGCACUUGCUGGAGGCCCACAUCCUAGGGUGUCUCGACUCCUUCCAGAUCCUGGCAGAGAAACAGGAUAUGUACCAUUGCUUGGUUGAAAGCUCGGAAAAGUUCCAGACCAGCCAAGACCAGAAGGAUCACAUGGUGAGGCUCCACCUGUACCCUGUGGAUUUCCAAUUUGACAAGCCCAAGACAAGCAGAGGCCUCACCUUGCCUAGAGCCAGUGUAGGCCUGUAGGAGGUCCACACUGUGGACCCUAUGGAAUCUGUUUGGACAACACCAUGGAACUCAGCUCCAAACCCAUUACCCUCUACCAUAUGUUUUGGCCAGGGUGCAUCUCAAGGGUUUAAAAGCACCAAGAAAAGAAAUAAACACCACUAA